UAGGGUUAUGCAUAAUAAUUGAGUAAAAUCUAUAUCUGUAAUUGGCUUGGAUUUGGCCUUCCUCACCACAUCUCCUGCUCCAGAGGGUCCCAAGAAUGACAAUAAUAGCAAAAUUACUUGUUUUGCUAUUAUUAUACUUCAAGUCUAUUUUUAUUCGAGGUUUGCGAGUACACAAUGUCUUUGUUCUAGUUUGAACAACAGACCUUUUACCAGGUAAGUGUCUUUCCUUACCUGGAAAAAGCUUAAAGUUUAACUUUGGUUCACUAUUACGACCUUUUUUCUACAUAGAAGAAUUUUCAAUAGGCUUCCCUGAGGGGUGGUGACAUGUCCUGUAUUUACUACAAGCGAGGUAAACAAGUUCUUCAAGUCCCUGUUGCUCUAUAACCUUGGUUGCUCAUAAACUGUGUCCAGACUGCUCUCUGGACUCCCUGCAGGGUACUUCUUCCUUACAGACAGCAGCUCCCCCUCCCACACACCCUACAUCAAGAACCAUGGCGUUGCGCCCACGCGCUUCCUCCCAGCCUUUAAAGCUUACCUUCUUUCAGAGUUCUAAGCUAAAUUCGUCCCUGCGACCUCGAGCUGUUUCGUCACAGUCAGGCUCCAUGCUGGAAGAUGAGCUCUCCUGUCCUAUAUGCUGUGAAAUCUUCAAGGACCCGGUAGUGCUCAAGUGCAGCCACAGUUUCUGUCGGGCCUGUCUUCAGCAGUUCUGGAACAAGAAGAAAGCCAGGCGUGAAUGUCCUGUCUGCAGGAGGAAGUGCUCGCUGACUGAGCCCACAGUCAGCUUGGCUCUGAAGAAUGUGGCCGAAACCUUCCUGAAGGAGCACGGGUGCAGGGGAACCACAGCGGGAACUGGGGCUGGUGAUACAGGGAAACAAGCAGUGACAGUGGAUUUUAAGUGCAGUACACAUGAGGAAGUUCUCAAACUCUUCUGUCUGGAUGACUUUGAAGUCCUGUGCUGUGUGUGUCACACCUCCAAGAAGCACCUCGGACAUCGAGUGUGUCCCAUAGAAGAAGGUGCUCAGGAUCUUAAGGCAGAGCUGAAAAAUGAGCUGAUUCCUCUGAAGAAAAACCUGCGUUGCCUCUAUGAAGCCAAGCAGGAGUGUGAUGACACAACUGUGCACAUCAAGAACCAGACUCAGGCCACAGAAAAGCAGAUAAAAGAGGAGUUUGAGGAGCUGCGGGAGUUUCUCCGGAGGGAGGAGGAGGAACGGCUGGCCACUCUGCAGAAAGACGAUAAAGAGAAGAAAGAGCUAGUGAAGAAGAAGUCUGACAGCAUUGCCAGAGAUAUCCUCACCUUCUCUCAUGCUGUCAUUGCCAUUGAGAACGAGAUUGCAUCCAAUGAUGUUAAUUUCCUUCAGAAUUAUACAAACACAAAGAAAAGAGCACAGAUCCCACCCAAGAAUCCAGAAAAAGUCUCAGGUGCUCUUAUAAAUGUGGCCAAGCAUGUCAGUUCCCUCAAGUACCACGUGUGGGAGAAAAUGCUGGAUCUGGUUCAGUACACACCCAUCACCUUGGAUCCUAACACUGCCUACUCCUGGUUAUCCCUCACCUCGGAUUUGACCAGUGUGGCCAACAGCGGAUCCCUGCAGCAUCUCCCAGACAAUCCUGAACGGUUUGGUCAUUUUGUGUUUGUUCUGGGCUCAGAGGGUUUUACAUCAGGCCGUCACGCCUGGGAGGUAGAGGUGGGCGACAAAGUGGAGUGGAUGCUCGGGGUGGUCAAAGAGUCCAUUGACAGGAAGGGCCGCAUCUCGGGCUGUCCCAAGGGCGGCUUUUGGAUGAUCUCAUACUUUGAGGGGGAGUACUCAGCCAUGACGAGGCCCAGCACCCCGUUGCAUCUGGAGGGGGAGCUAACUCGAGUAAGGGUGCAGCUGGACUACGACUCUGGAGAGGUCAUCUUCUCCAACCCUGUCAAUAUGACACCCAUCUACACUUUCAAUGACUUCUUCACUCAGAAGAUGUACCCCUUCUUCUGCCCUGGUGCCAACAUCAAUGGAAACAACCCCAAACCUCUUAAGAUCUGCCCCGCCAAGGUGGCUGUGUGGAACAGCGCGACGUGGUGAUUAGUGAGGACCUUAGAAAGGACAUCAGUAGAAUUGAAAUUCAUUAUAUGACCCAAGUGUGAAUCAAAUGAUUAAGCAAAUUAUGUCAGUGCAUGAUUGUUGGUAAAAUGAGCACGACACAAGCUGAGUGAUGACAGCAGUAAUUGGUUUAUUUCACUUGGGUUCAUUUAGUGAUUGACUGCAGGUUACGAAGCCAAAAGAGGCUCUUUAGAGUGAACAAGGGGACGCAGUUGCAAUAAUUAUGCAGCAAGGCUCCAUUAUACUUCUCAGCCGGGCAGGCUGUCACACUAAGAAUCUCCUGCCUACUGUCAUGAACAUCAAUAUCCCCCUAGUGGUUCCUCACACUGGAACACAAUUAUUUUCACUUCUAGUUCAGAAAAACACAAACAACCUCAUGCGAGUGUCACAGAUGAUUUGAGUUCUGCUUUUUCCCGCCCGGUUCAAAUGUAACACAGAUCUGUCAUUCACUGCGGGUAUAAUCAUUAGAACACACACUUUCACUCAUCUGACCUGAACUUUUUUCAUACGUGACCAUUCUGAAUUUAAUGGCUUUGCAGCAACUGUUUUAUAAAAAAUUAUACAGUUUUAGUUUAUCUGACUAAGUGUGUCUUUAAGUCUUUAAGUUUUGUACAGUGACUUCUGCAACAGCUUGUUUUCCAUGCAAUGAUGACGCAUACACGCAACCAUUGUUUGUAUAAAUGCUGAACAUAAUUGCUUGGUAAUUGUCCUUAAUUAAUAAAAUGAUCAUA